CACCGCGGCCCAAGUUGAGGUUAAUAUUGAGCGUUGCCUCCCGAGCUGGGUCCCCGAAUCUGGUGAAAGCGGCGGCAAGGAAGCCCGAAAAGGAGAAGAAGAACAGAAAAGCUAGAGAAGUCAGCUAAUGGAAAUUAGUAGAGAGCCUGCCGCGAUCGGCACAAGCCAGGCCAGGUAGUUGCGGCGUUGAGCCCACCACCUUGGGUCGUCUACACACGCCCCCGCCCCCUCAAAACGAGCUGCACUUUUGGCAGGAGACAGCGCACGCCGAGCCACCGCCCUUCGCCAAUACCCCCGCUCAAUCAAUACCCGGGCGUUCCAGUCAGGUAGUCCACCCGCCUCGGGACGAACCAAGACUUUGCGCAGGGAGCAGGCGAAGGCAUCCGCUUGGAAGGCCCACGGUUGCCAACCUCGCACAAUCCUGCGAUCCCCGCCCUCCCUCGAUCCAGUCCCGUUCCAGUCCCAGUCCCAGCCCCGACACCCAAGCCAGGCUGUCGCCCAUCGUCUGCCCACACGAGCGUGCCCUUCCUUCAUUGGCCUCCCUCACCUGCUGCCCACCCUCCUGCCGAUAGCCGACUGCUGGCCACCGGCUGUAUUCCAGAGACUCUGCCUGCAGGGCGCACCAGGAGACUGUUUACCCAAAUUUCCAACAAGUUCUCCAACAUGAGCGGCGAACAAGGGAGCCAUGGUUUCCGCAAGGUCCAGAGCUUCCAGACAGACUAUGCGCCUACCGUUAUCACGCAAUAUGAGUCCCUGAGAAGCGGUAUGCAGGUCGUCGUGGCCGACCGCAAGGGGCCAAAGGUCAACGGCUACUUCACGCUGGCCACUGAGAUCUUCGACGACUCGGGUGCUCCUCACACCCUUGAGCAUCUGGUCUUUAUGGGGUCUCGGAGCUACCAGUACAAGGGUCUGCUGGACAAACUCGCCUCUCGUGCCUACUCGGGCACUAACGCCUGGACCGCCAUCGACCACACUGCCUACACCCUGGAGACCGCCGGCUGGGAUGGCUUCGCGCAAAUCCUACCCGUGUACCUAGAGCACGUACUCGUGCCCACAAUCACGGACGAGGGCUGCGCCACUGAGGUCCAUCACAUCGACGGCGAGGGCAACGAUGCCGGUGUUGUCUACUCGGAAAUGCAGGCGCUGCAGUACUCCAGUACCGAGCUCAUGUACCUCAGGGCCCGCCGCCUUCUCUAUCCUGAGAACAUCGGGUUCCGCUACGAGACAGGCGGCAUGAUGGAGGCUCUCAGGGUUCUGACUCCUGAGAGGAUCCGUGAAUUUCACAAAGUCAUGUACCAGCCGCGGAACCUGGCUCUCAUAAUCGUCGGCGAGACAGACCAUGACAACCUCCUCCAGAUCCUGGAAGGCUUCGAGGAGAGCAUUAAGGAUCAUAUCCCGCCCCCGGAUGCCCCAUUCAAGAGGCCCUGGAUCGACUCGGCACAGCCCCCUCCCCUGAAAGAGACCGUUGUGGAGACUGUCGAGUUUCCCGAAGAGGACGAGUCGACAGGUGGGGUCGUGGUAGCCUUCUUCGGUCCCAGCUGCACCGAUAUCAUCGAGUCUUCUGCCCUAAACAUCCUCCUGACGUACCUCUGCGGCUCGUCCGUGUCUAUUCUUGAGAACAUCAUGGUUGAGAGGGAGGAGCUGGCGAGCUCAAUCGGGACGUGGUGGGACAGCCGGCCGAACUCGGUCAUCUGGUUCGAGCCCACGGGCGUUGCGACCGAGAAGCUUGCAUUCGUCGAGCAGCGUCUGAUAUCGCUCCUCAGGGAGGUGGCUGAGAAACCCAUUGACAUGAAGUACAUGAAGGAGUGCCUCAGCCGUGAGCGAAGGCAGGUCAAGUUCCAGGCCGAGGGCUCUGAGCAGUUCUACUCGGGCAACAUCAUCACGGACUAUCUGUUUGGAAAGCGCGACGGUUCUACCCUGAAGCAGAUGAAGGGCCUUCACGAGUACGACACCCUGGAGUCAUGGACGGACGAGCAGUGGCGAGCCUUCCUCAGAAAAUGGAUGUCGGAUGCCCACCACGUAUCCAUUUUGGGCAAGCCCUCGAUGGAAUUAGCCAAUAAGCUCAAGGCUGCCGAGGAGGAGCGGAUAGCCAAACGGAAGGCGGAACUCGGCCCAGAGGGUCUCAAAAAGCUCGCAGAGCGGUUGGAGGCUGCGAAGAAGAAGAACGAGAUCGCCAUUCCAGAGUCGGUCAUCGACAAGUGGCCCGUCCCCGGGACUGAGUCCAUUCACUUCAUCGAGUCGAGCACCGCACGAACCGGAAAGGCCAAGGCUGUGGGGGCGCCCGCGGGCCCGGCGCAGAAGCUCAUCGACGGUGUACCCCAGGGCCUCCCCCUAUUUGUGCAGUUUGAGCAUGUCCCGAGCAACUUUGUGCAUAUUACGGUCCACAUCGGCACCUCGCCGGCACCCGUCAAGCUGCUGCCGCUGCUUUCGCUCUUUAACGACAACUUCUUCAACUCGCCCAUCAUGCGGGGCGGCAAGAAAAUCGAGUUCGAGGAGGUCGUCAUGGAGCUCGAGAAAGAUACAAUCAGUUACCAUCUCAGCUCGGGCUACAGGGUCAGCGACCCCGAGAGCAUGGUGCUGCAAUUCCAGAUCGAGCCCGACAAGUACGCCACCAUCAUCGGAUGGAUCCGCACCAUGAUGUUUGACAGCAUCUUUGACCCGCAGCGCCUCAAGGCAUGCGUGGCCAAGGCGCUGGCCGACAUACCUGAGUCCAAGCGUGACGGCAAGAUCAUGUCACAGGAGGUGGACAUAGCCAUCCACUUUGUCAAGCAGUCGUACCCUGUGGCGAAGCGGACGCUGGUCAAGGCCGUUUACCUCCGGAGGUUGAAAAAGCUGCUCGAGAAGGAGCCAGAGACGGUUGUGUCGUGGUUCCAAGAGCUGCGCAAGGCGCUCUUCACCUUUGAGAACACGCGUGUCCUGGUCACCGCCGAUGUGUCCAAGCUGCAAAACCCGGUCGCUGCCUGGGAUGCCCUGACGGAGAGGCUUUGGGCGCCGGACCCCAAGGACAUGGUGCCGAUAGUGAGGCAGUCGGCCAUGCUGAGCGACGAGGGCCGCAAGCCGGGCUCGGUCGGGACUGUCAUCAUCCCCAUGACGACUCUGGAUUCUUCAUAUAGCGUAAGCACAGCCUCGAGUCCGCUGUCGUACUCGGACCCUCGCCUGCCCGCGUUCCUGGUGGCUAUCGGCUACCUCGAGGCGGUCGAGGGCCCGCUAUGGAACGCUGUUCGCGGGAACGGGCUCGCUUACGGCGUCUCGUUCAGCCGCGAGCUCGAUGACGGCUACCUGCAGUACAAGGUGUACCGGUCACCCGACGCGUCAAAGGCCAUUGAGGCCAGUCGUGCCGCCGUCGAGGCGAUUGGCUCCGGAACCGCCCCGCUCGACCGCCAUCUCGUCGAGGGCGCCGUUUCGGGCAUCGUCAUGGGCUUUGCCGACGAGCAGGCAACUAUGGCGGCCGCGGCGCAGCAGAACUUUGUCCUCGGUGUCAUCCGCGGGCUCUCGCCCGACUGGAACAGGCGAAUCAUGGCGGCCGUGCGCAAUGUCUCCCACGACGAGAUCCACCGCGUCGUCUCGGAGCUCAUCGUGCCCAUAUUCAAGCCUGGGUCUAGCAAUGUUGUCGUAACGUGUGCGCCGCUUCUGCAAGAGUCGAUGGAUAAGGCAUUCAAGUCGAUGGGCUACAAGACGCAGGUGCAGACCCUGUCGCACUUCCACGACGACUACGGCUUUAAGGGAGAGGACGGAGAUGAUGACGCGGGCGACGAGGAGAGCGAAGGGGACGACAGCGAGGACGACGACGAUGAAUCUGGCGAUGAUGAUACGGACGGCGAGCCUAAGGAUCUGUAGGGGACGCUGACAUCACCAUCUGGGGCAAAAUAAAGCGCUUUUCUUCCUCUUUGCUUGAACUUGGUUUCCUAGACCUGAGGGACUGGUGUAUCAGCAGUUGCCCUAUCAUCAGCGCGACAUGUGGUGGGAUAGACAAGGCAGGCGAGAAUGCUGCCAGCCUUGCAAAGGCUCAUCCUGAUAGAUUAGCCAGGGCGGGGGUGUUGGAAUCAGAGACCACCACACCUGGAUACCUAACCAAGUUUGACAAGGAAACAAAGUUGAUCUGACCAAUUUGUGUUAUGGUAAGACCCGACUAUCGAGAGCACGACUCUGCUGUGUUCUUGCGAUAGGGCCAAUAUUCACUCAUCCACGGUUCGUCAAUGGCGCUGCAUGCUUCACUUUAAAUAUCUCUAUUCAAAGCUCUUUUUUGUUCGCUUGCUGUUAAUCUAACUUUGCGCCAAAGUUAGCAAGAGCCAAGUCUAUCUAUAAAUGCUAUUCUCAAG